GAUGGAAAGGGGAGGGGACAGAAAAGGGCAGGCGAGUACAACAGGACGGGCUAUGGUGCGGGGGGGGUCGUGUCGCAGAUUGAUAAUAAUAGAGAGCAGUCAGAGGGGAGGGGGCAGGUAGAUAUCAGCGGGCGCAGGAACGGAGCGGAGACAGAGGCAGCUGAAGGGAGGUAGAGGACGGAAGCUGCUCCCAGGGAGACCGGACUCGGCCCCUCUCAGGGUAAUAAUGAUUCACAAUGAAUCAGAGAGACCCCUUGAUACAUCUGUUUGCUGGCGGCUGCGGGGGGACAGUUGGAGCCAUUUUAACGUGUCCUUUGGAAGUAGUGAAAACGAGACUGCAGUCAUCUGUCACUUUCUAUAUCCCAGAAGUUCACCUCAGUACAAUAAAUGGAGCACGUGUGAGUCGGGUAGCUCGGUUCUCACCUGGCCCUCUGCAUUGCUUAAAAAUGAUUCUAGAAAAGGAAGGUCCACGGUCUCUGUUCAGGGGAUUGGGACCUAAUCUCAUAGGUGUCGCACCAUCAAGAGCAAUUUACUUCGCUGCUUACUCCAGUUCCAAGGAAAAGUUGAAUGCAGUCCUGGAUCCAGAUUCUAGCCUGGUCCACAUGGUCUCGGCUGGAGUGGCAGGCUUUACAGCUAUUACAGCCACCAAUCCAAUCUGGCUCAUAAAGACACGCUUGCAACUGGAAGCCCGGAACCGAGGUGAAAGACGAAUGAAUGCUUUUGAAUGUGUGCGAAAAGUAUAUCAGUCUGAUGGUAUCAGAGGCUUCUACAGAGGAAUGUCUGCUUCCUAUGCUGGCAUCUCUGAGACUGUGAUUCAUUUUGUAAUUUAUGAAAGCAUAAAACAAAAACUGUUGCAAUCAAAGUCUUCUUCAAACAUGGAUCCUGAAGAAGAUUCUGUAAAAUAUGCUUCGGACUUUAUCGCCCUAAUGUUGGCUGCUGCAACAUCUAAAUCGUGUGCCACCAGUAUAGCAUAUCCUCAUGAGGUCAUAAGGACUAGACUACGAGAAGAAGGAACAAAGUACAGAUCGUUUUUUCAGACAUUCUCAUUAGUAAUAACUGAAGAAGGUUACAGAUCCCUCUACCGAGGUCUUAUCACUCAUCUGGUCAGACAGAUUCCAAACACUGCUAUAAUGAUGGCCACCUAUGAGCUUGUAGUUUACCUGCUUGAAGGAUAAUGGAAAUGCUGUUUUAACGUAAGAACAUGGAAGACCAAAGGAUUUGACUGGACCAGAAAGCCCCAAAUAGAUUUUUACCACUGAGAAGUAGGAGUCUGUUGUUAAGAUUUUAAUCUGUUAAGUCUGUCUCUCUCUCUGAUUCCUGAAGAAAAUCUGCUCCGAUCCAGCGCUGGCUUUCAUCACUAUGGCAAUGAAUUGGAAAGACCGAAUUACUUCACUUGGCAGGGAACAGUUGAACACCAAUUUUAAAUUUUACAUUAUCUUGGGAUUCCUUUUUUCACUAUUUGAUUAGUAUUAUUCUUUUUGCAUAAAACUUCCAAUUUUAAUUGUUUGACUUGUAGCAUUUUUAAUUCUUUACAACCUCCUCACUCACCUGACACUCGGUGUGGUGGGGAUGGAAUCUACCCUUGUUACCAUGUACAUGUUGCCAUUUCAUUGGCAGUAGUCAAUUUUCAGGUUGAGAUCCCAAUCCAUAAUGUUUACAGCAACCAUUUUAAUGAUGAACCAAAUGAAAACUUAACACAUUUUUCAAAGUUGAGGUCAUGAUGCUGGGGUUUAUUUUAUAAUUCUUGAAUAACAUUCAAAAUGAGUCACUUCUGGUCAGGAUCCCGGUAUACAAACCCCUCUCAGCAGAAAAAAUGGUGGUCUUGUAAUUUCCUGGAUGGAAAUAGAUUCCCACAUUACACUGCCAUGAAAUUGUUACUUCAAUACCUGACUGCAGAAAUCUGAUAUCUAAAUAUUUUUAGAUGUGGUUUACUUGCCUUAAAAUCUGACAUGUAAAGCAAGAUAAUGUAAAAUUUAUUUUAGUGUUCCCUUUUUAAAAUCUUGUAUCUACUUAUUGUUGGAUAAAUGUAGGCUGCACUGCUUGAAAAACCAAAAUUUACUAUUUAAAAUAAAUGUAUUAUAAAGUAAUCAGCCCCGUAGUUACCUACAAAAAGUUUUCAAUAUGCUACAGAUGGAGCAGUUUGGGAGAAAAAUGUACGACAAAAACUCUUUGAGCACUUUGUGGCCUUUCUGCCUCGUGAAUUUUGUUUUGGUCUGAUUUGGUUGUAUUUCAUAAAUCAUCAAAAUGGUUUUAACAGAAAAUCUUAUACAAGUUGUCUGCUCAGUCUAGCAUAGUAUCUAUUAAGAGCUGUACAUUGUGCAGUAUAAACAGCUUCUAGACCUGUACUGUUAAUAUGCCUUUUUGGAUUUUUAGUACAGCAAACAAUUAACUUCCUGCAAACUAAGUUUUUGCAUUUAUUGAAACUUCUUUAACAAGAUGUUUCUUGUUAAAUUUUAAAAUCUCAUUUUGCCUUUGAUCAUAUCGUGAAUGUGAACCCUGAGAGACCUUAAGAUCCCCCAUAUUAAUAGAGUACAGUUUUCUUUAUAUAAAUCUUUUAAUGGAUAAACUGGUUCUGUCGAUCUAGGAAAAGAAACUAAGUAAAAUGUUAAGUUUAAGAACUGAUAAUUCAUGCACUGUGUACAGAUAAAGACAAAGUAACUAACUGAAGGUGUCCCACACAGCUUAUUUACAACUGAAUGAAAUUAUUUUUCAGUACAGCUAAUGGAAUUUUGGGUGCAUUUGAUAAGUGAUACUGAACUUACAUAAGUGAAGUUACAUAACCUCAUGAAAAAAGUUGCAGCAAAGUGGAAUUGAUGUGAUUUUUUUUUUAAAUUUAGUCAUCUGUAUCUGUUUGCAAGUGAGAAUCUAGUUUAAUUAUUAACCAUCCAAAAUCUCAAACGCACAAGAUUUGUGUUGAGCUGUAAUGCCUAGGACUUCGUAUUUUUUUUGAAUUGAAGGUUAAUUCUCAUUACUGAGUGUGUCAUAUCCUGUAAGAACCUGGUCUGCAUUUGGGCUGGGAUUAUGCAGCUUCCACUUUGCUUGACAUUAUUAAUUUUUGCAGUAGUGACAUUUUCACAUCCUACAAUGUAUCUGAGGUAAAUAUGCCAGUUUGGUAAAAACAGUUACCUUGCAACAAUAUUGCUGUUCAUUCCAGUCCAAAAGUGUGCUUGGUCCUUCUGCAUUAUGCAUCCUUGGAUGUAAGUAAUGUAUGUACAUACUCUGUACAGGUUCAUUAAUUCGGAGUUCUUUCUAUGCUUUGGAUGCUUUUUGACAUUGUAAAGGAUUAAAACAGAGUAUCAGCAAAAGCUUUUGCAAUUUCAUUUAGUGUGCAUUGAAUAUGGUAAUCCUGCAUGCUUCUAAAUACAUAUUUGUCCUGCCACACUAAUAUCUCUUGGCCAGCUAGAGAACCAAUUGAUGACUUCACACAAAUGUACUUCUCAUCGAAUGCUGUUUCAGAUAUGUACAAAUAUUUGUACUUUGACUUUAAGGAAGUGAUAUAGCUUAUAUUUGCCUACUUGACUGAGACUUGCUCACAAGUUUUAAUGUCCAUGAUUAUGCUCAUUUUCGUAUAAAAUCUGAAUACCUUCCUGUAUUAAUAGCUGUCAUCUUUUGAUGGUAUGUUUGGGUCGAUUGUUCAACACCUAUUUGUGUUUCAGUUUAUUGAAUUUUUUUAAAAAUACAUUUGCUUUUCCAAGUAAUCAACAUAAUACAAGAUCAUCUUGAAUAAUUUGGCAAUCCCCAAUGAGUUCUAGCAGAGUGAGGGAUAAGUAAUCACAUUUCCUGAAUUAGCAUUAGGACAAAAAAAACUAUAAUUUAAAGGUUUGCUUUUUUUUAAAUGCAGUGCUCAGACACAGUCCUUUGUCUAAAAGUUUACCUGACUUAACUACAGAUUGCGAAAGAAACAGUGCUGCUUUGUGUACAACAAUUGAUAUGGACACAACCUGGUGAGGGAUAGCUUCUAUAGUAGAGAAGCGAGUAGGGUAUGAAUUCCUUUGCCCAUAUCAUUUAGGACUAUUCUGUAACUGUUUUUGUUUGGGGGGUGGUGUAGUUUGGUCAGUGAAAUUUAGUAGACCUGACCAAUAUUCCAUCUGUUUGAAACUACCCUUUCAUCCACCAAAAACCUUAUUUGAAAGAGAUUUAUUUCCUUGCUUUCUUUCCUUGUUUUGUCUUACCCAAGUGACCACUUUUGACUGAAAUAUGGCCAGUGUGUGGAUAUGUAUUGUUGGUUCAUGUGACUAUUCCAUUGCAGUUAAAUCCUGUCUUUUCCAAUGCCUUAAAUAGAAUUGAAGGGGAGUAAUACUAGGGAUUCUGAAUAAUUUUGUAACUGUCACAGGACAGCUCUUGUGCUCUCACCACUUUUUCUGAGUUAAGGAGAAUUCAAAACUAAGGUCGUGUCUGUCCAUGUAGUACUACACUCUGUAGUCUGUUUUGCUCUCAAUCACCCAAGAAGAAGUGAUUCAGUAAUUAUAUUCUUCUCACUAAAUUACUAAAGGACUUUCCCAUUUUAAUAUAGUAAGUAUUCAAGAAUAGGUAUUACCUUAACUGAAUUAUAAAUUUACAGUAAUUAGUUACAGGCCAGUUUAAAAAGGAAAAAAAAACACUUAAAUUUAGUACUUUUUCCUGUUCACAACUUGUUUUUUUACUGCCUUUACCAACUAGAGACUGUUGUAUCAUAUGAAGUUGUUUUUCUUGUUUUUUUUUAAAUGUAAUCACGUUUUUAUGACCAUUUGAACAUACACUCCAAACUGCUGCUUCCAGGCAUCUGAAUUCCUAACACUGCUUUUUUUAAAUAUUUUGGGUAUAAGGUCAAUAGUGCAUUUAUAUGAUAGAAACUCAUUGUCUCAUGCAAUCAGUAAAUCAUUAUACUUGCAGCUUGUAAGUGUUGAUUUGUAGCUCAUUUGAUCAAAAACUUUCAAUGACAUACAGGCAAGACAUAGCACACUUCAGUCCACAUACUGAUUUGAAAAAUUGGAAAAAGGUUCUUUUUAUCUAAUAGAAUUGAUCUGUUCAUCACAUUUAUGGCCUUCAGUGCAAAGUUGCAAUUGAAACAUAACCAUUCAUUUUAGUGAAUAACCAGUUUAUAAAGGUUAUUAACCCCCCAAGAAAUCAUAGCCACAAAACGUAACUUAGUCUUAGUGCCCUUUUUCCAGUAAACUAAUGUUGAAACUAGCAAAGCAUUUUAUGUUUAGUUAUUUGAAAAUAAAGUGGUACUAAUGAAAACAUGAGGAAAGAAAGGUGUUGCAAAUCUCCAUUUUUGUCAUUAGAGAACUGGCGUAUUCAGUCUAAUGAUUGUCACUUGAAUUGUCUUGUUGAUCUCCAUUCAGUGCUUUUCUCUUGCAUGUUCUUUGCCAGGCAAUUAAAACUGAAACCAAGGCUCUAGUUAAUUGUUCUGUAUGAGAAGCAAGACUUGGAGCUGCUGCAUUGAAGUAUAUUUCUUGUAAGCUAAUCAGUACAGAGCAAGGGCACUGGAUAAAUACCAAAUGUUGGUCAUGCUUCUGUCCCACUGAACAGUGAGCUGAGCGCGUGUUGGGUCAGUGGAAAUGAGGAUGACUGUUCUCGAGCAUAUUCAGCAAGGAAGGAGGAAAUUCGGAAGCAGUGGCUGCUAUACUUUGCUGUCAAACACACAAAUUAUGUCUGUAAGCAAGUGCAUAAAGCUUGAUUCACACGCUCUGUAUUUCAUUGACAGGUUAGGCUUUAGAGAUUGAUUUUCAGUAGAAUAUAAAUACCCAAUGUAUCAAAUAACUUAAUCAAGAUUUUGACUAUGAAUUUAGAAAACAUUUGGCUUGUUUACAGUUACAUUUUCCUACCAAGGUUUCUUCACUUGAUGUACAUCUGAAUGGUUGUACAUUUACUUGAACAACAUUUGAUCAUGUGAUUGCUGUUUAAUUUUCAUGUUAGAUCAUUUUUGGCUUUAUUGCAGGAAAAAAGUUAUACAGCACUUGCUUACAUUGUGUAACAAAUGCAGACAUUUUAAGCAGCCUACUGAGGACUGACACUUGUGUGAGACAGACCUUCAUGUUUGUGUUCAGUAGCUAGGAAGUGUGUUGAAUGGUUUUUCUUUAAACAUUAAAUGUUGCACACUAGAACACUUAAGCUAAUUAAUUUAGGUACAUCUUGGGGUGUCCCUAACUUAGCUGUAUAUUGUGAUUUGUCACUAAUUCACCAAACCUUCAUGGCUGAAGUCAAUGUCUAAUUAAUCCAUCUGGUUUGUUGGCCUCCUCCAUUGUUUAACAUUAUAAAUCUAAAUAUUUGGAGUAGCUUUUAACCAAUGGAUAGAAUUUUCUCAUGACUGUACAUCAGGAAAUGAACAUGCAUCCUAAAAUGUUUAAAGAGCAGUAUGUCAAUCAGGCUUCCUCCUUCCCACCAUGCCACUCCACUACAACCAGUACUCAUCUAUCACAUGAAAGAGGUACAAUGAGAGUACUUAAAUACAUUCUGCUUUUCUGAAGUAAGUGUUUUAUAAUGGAAAAGUUGAAUUUUACAAACUGUGAAUGUUUCAUGUCUCAGUAUUUCUAGCUUUUGAUAACUAUUUGUAAAAUGAAUCCUCUGAAAUUCUUUGUACAUUAUUCAUUUGCUUGAGAAACAAGGUCCCCAUGUGCAAGUAUUGUAAAACAAGCACACUUGGCACAUCAGCUUUGAAAUGUAAGAAUCCAUGAACACUGACAAAAAAAGGGUUUGUUCCUACUAAUUUAGUUCAUGGAUCUGGCGCACUAAUAAGUUGACUCAACUUUUUAUUUGCCUAUAUCAUCUUAGCAGUUACUAUUUUGUGCAUAUUUGUGUAUGUUGUGAAAUGUCAAUAAAAUUGAGAAUAAUGCUUCAA